CAUUUUUUCUGCAGGACGAAAGACAAAUCCAAGACCAUGGUGGAGAUAUCAGAAGUCUACGAAGAACAAGAGCAGCCGUGCAAGGUGCAACUGGGAUUUUCCGAGGCUAUCCGUCCCGACGAUGCCGAUUUGAUUGGUCAUCGAUCGCCUUGUUGGUGGCAAGAUUGGGAUGGUGGACAAGUGGGUGGUCGGCCGAGUUGGUUGCAACCACGAGAUAUCCCACGGGUGACGACUUGUGCAAGCUGCUGUUCAGCACCACUGCAAUUUAUCUGUCAACUCUAUGUUCCAUUGGAUCACACGCCGCACGCGUUUCAUCGAUCCUUUUAUGUAUUUGGGUGUCCCACUUGUCAAGGGAUUCGAGUUUGGCGCGUCCAAUUGCCACGAGAGAAUCCCUUUUAUCCACUGGAAGAAAACUACAACGAGGAGGAUGGAUGGAGCAAGCAUUUGCCAUCGUUUCACGGUGUUCACUUGUGUCACGUUUGUGGACAACGGGCCACUGGCAAGUGUCCUCUGCAGAAGCUCUGGUUUUGUGGCAAAAAUCACCAAAAAGAAUACAAACGAUGCGGCAGCAGCAACACAAAGUCAAACCAAGACGAAACGACAAUCAGUGCAUCCGCCGACGCACCACCUGCUCUAGUAGAAGAAGAGACGGCAGAGUCAUCAGCUGAAAUAUCAAAGGACGAAGAUACCACCCAACAAAAUGCAUUAUUCCUCCCGUCCGUUUACGCCGAAUCAGAACUUUGCGUGGAAGAAGAACCACCCGCUGGCAACAAAGACGACGAAGAUGAUGAUGACGACGAUGAUGAAAUUGAACAACGACCAACCAUGUUCCCUUCUACGACUACACCAGACGACGACAAUGAACAUGACAGUGAUGAAGAUCUAGAGCAAGAAGACCUCAAUGAAAUGGUCACGGGUACCAAGUUGGAUCAAACCAGCACCAAGGAUCCACUGACCAAUGCCUUUUACAAACGAAUCCAAGAUCGCAAGGUACCGGAACAAUGCUUGCGAUAUACAAUGGAAUGGAGGAGACGCUACGAUCGGGCAGAUGGCGACCAGAAGGACGAGUCCACAACAACAUCCACCCAAAAUGACAAUCCACAACAAGAUGAUGAUGACAGCCAACCGUUAUGGAUCCGAUCCACGCACCAACCCACCGAGAUUCCGCCGUGUCCCUACUGUCAGGCACCGCGGGCGUUUGAAUUUCAGCUCAUGCCACAAAUGCUCCAUUUUCUGCACGCCAAUCGUCGACAAAACACAACACAAAACCAGUCAGAACAAGCCAAAAAGAAUGAAACGGCCAAACAGGCACUGAUUGCGGCACAGUCCAUUAUUGCCAAUUCGGAUCCAUCACAAAUUCCACCUUCCUUUGUCGAUGCCAAAGCCAAGGCCAUGCAAGCGUUGGAACAGGAUUUGGAACAGCAUGGGUCCAAUCGGGUGGAUUGGGGUGUCGUUGCUAUCUACACCUGCACGGCGAGUUGCAGCAGUGAUGAUGGAAACAACAACGCCACGGACAAGAAGAAUGAUGGCGGGCCGGCCUAUCGAGAAGAAUUCGUCUGGUUGCAACCGGCGCUGGAUGUCUAGAAUAUACUCGGUAUAGUAAAGUAGACCUAAACAAUGAUGUUCGCUACCAACUAUGUUGCUGUAUGCUAUGCCUGUAUCGGUAUGAUACUGGGCAAAAGGAUGCUACCAGAGUUGCCCUUGCCAUCACACCGCGAAGCGAUGAACUGCAGGUAGAUCAGGUAAAUAUAGGGUUAAAGAUGAAUAUUUCUUUAGAAGUGAUGAUUAUAUAUUUGGAUAAGGUUUACCGCA